UGUUCUACUGUAACUAUGACAGUAGUUAAGAAUCCAGGUUACAGAAGCAAAUUCACAAGUGUCCAGAUCAUGGCACUACUACAUUCUCGUGUUAUCUUGGGCACACGAUAAAUUCAUUUGACAAAUACAUGGCAGAGCGCCUACUAGUUGCUGGGCAUUGCUUUAGGCACUGGGGACAGAAUGAACGAACCCUUAUUUGAACUUAAAAAGUUCAAAAUGCAAAUCUAUGCCCUUACAGCCUCGGCUUCCUGGUUUCAGUGGAUAACGUGAGGCGGCUGGCCGGCUGGGACCCGCCUAGACAACCCAAGUACAGCCACCACCUUGUCCCCUUAACAGCCCGGCCGCCGCCUGAACCACCGGCCGGCUGUGUCGGGAUCCUUCGCGCUCCGCUUCCGGCCUCCGCACAAGACUUCCGGUCGGCCGUUCCUUCCUUCCGCUUCUCUAUGGUGCGCAAGCCACAGAGUCCCCGACGCCGGAAGUGGCACGCUCUCCGGGACGCUUCUGGGUGCCGUGUGGCACCCGGGCUGCUCGGCGCCGCGGUCUCAGUUUCCUCCUGUGGAGAAUGUUGGCCGCAGCAUCGUCAGGCCCCACAGUGCAGCCUCUAGAAAACGCCCCUGAAGGUAUUCAACGUUAUUUACCACUCGGGUACCAUAUAAAGCCCAGCUCCCAGAUCAUCUUCAUUGCCUUCCCCAGUGCAACGCCUGCUGCUUUAAUGUCCACAACCACCCUGGAGGUCUCUGCUGUUCUCUCCUGACUUUACCAAACAACGAUGUCAUCAGAAUCAAGCAAAAAACGAAAGCCCAAAGUGAUCCGAAGUGAUGGAGCACCAGCUGAAGGGAAGCGUACUCGUUCUGACACUGAGCAGGAAGGUAAAUACUACAGUGAGGAGGCUGAGGUGGACCUGCGGGACCCUGGCAGAGACUAUGAGCUGUACAAGUACACGUGCCAGGAGCUGCAGAGGCUCAUGGCCGAGAUUCAGGACCUGAAGAGCAGGGGCGGCAAGGACACGCAGGCGGUUGAGAUUGAAGAUCGGAGGAUCCAGAGCUGUGUGCAUUUUAUGACUCUGAAGAAGCUUAACCGAUUAGCCCACAUCAGGUUGAAGAAAGGAAGAGAUCAGACCCAUGAGGCCAAGCAGAAAGUGGACGCCUAUCACCUGCAGCUCCAAAACCUGUUGUAUGAGGUGAUGCACCUGCAGAAGGAGAUCACCAAGUGUCUGGAGUUUAAGUCAAAGCACGAAGAAAUCGAUCUGGUCAGCUUAGAGGAGUUUUAUAAGGAGGCUCCUCCAGAUAUCAGCAAGGCGGAAGUCACCAUGGGAGACCCUCACCAGCAAACCCUUGCACGCCUGGACUGGGAGCUGGAGCAGCGGAAAAGGCUGGCGGAGAAGUACCGAGAGUGCCUGUCCAACAAGGAGAAGAUCCUCAAGGAGAUUGAGGUGAAGAAGGAGUACCUGAGCAGCCUCCAGCCUCGUCUCAACAGCAUCAUGCAGGCUUCCCUCCCGGUGCAGGAGUACCUGUUCAUGCCCUUCGACCAGGCUCACAAGCAGUACGAGACAGCCAGACACCUGCCGCCUCCCCUCUAUGUGCUCUUUGUCCAAGCCACUGCGUACGGGCAGGCCUGUGCUCAUAGGAAAUCUUCCCAGCCCCCUAGACAGGAUAAGACGUUGUCUGUGGCGAUCGAAGGCAGCGUGGAUGAGGCCAAGGCUCUGUUCAAGCCUCCCGAGGACUCCCAGGAUGAUGAGAGCGACUCGGACGCCGAGGAGGAGCAGACCACGAAACGCCGGCGACCCACACUGGGAGUUCAGCUAGAUGACAAGCGCAAGGAAAUGCUGAAGAGGCACCCGCUGUCUGUUCUGCUGGACCUGAAGUGCAAAGAUGACAGUGUGCUGCACCUGACUUUCUACUACCUCAUGAACCUCAACAUCAUGACGGUGAAAGCCAAAGUGACCACCGCUACGGAGCUGAUCACCCCCAUCAGUGCGGGUGACUUGCUGUCUCCUGACUCAGUCCUGAGCUGCUUGUACCCUGGGGAUCAUGGAAAGAAAACUCCAAAUCCAGCCAAUCAGUAUCAGUUCGAUAAAGUUGGCAUCCUGACUUUGAGGGACUAUGUACUUGACCUCGGUCACCCCUACUUGUGGGUGCAGAAGCUGGGUGGCCUCCACUUCCCCAAAGAGCAGCCCCAGCACACUGUGAUCGCAGACCACUCGCUGAGCGCCAGUCACAUGGAGACCACCAUGAAACUGCUGAAGACCAGGGUGCAGUCCCGCCUCGCCCUCCACAAGCAGUUUGCCUCCCUGGAACACGGCAUUGUGCCGGUUACCAGCGACUGCCACUACCUCUUCCCUGCAAAGGUUGUCUCUCGCCUGGUGAAGUGGGUGACGAUUGCCCAUGAGGAUUACAUGGAGCUGCAUUUCACCAAAGACAUCGUGGAGGCGGGACUGGCUGGGGACACCAAUCUCUACUACAUGGCACUCGUGGAGAGGGGCACAGCUAAGCUCCAGGCUGCCGUAGUGCUGAACCCCGGCUACUCCUCCAUCCCACCCAUUUUCCAACUCUGUCUGAACUGGAAAGGGGAGAAAACCAACAACAACGAUGACAAUAUUCGGGCCAUGGAGAGCGAGGUCAACGUGUGCUACAAGGAGCUGUGCGGCCCGCGGCCCGGCCACCAGCUUCUGACCAACCAGCUGCAGCGCCUGUGCGUGCUGCUGGACGUCUACCUAGAGACAGAGAGCCAUGAUGACAGCGUGGAGGGGCCCAAGGAGUUUCCCCAGGAGAAGAUGUGUCUGCGGCUUUUCAGGUGCCUCGCCUGCCCUCACCUUCUCACACAGCCCGCCUCCGCCCCGGAGGCCGUCCCACGUCCUCCCGCCUCCAUCUGGCCCUUCCGCCUGGCCUGGCUCCCCGUGCUGGCUGACGAUAACCAGCUGCAGCCCCACUGUGGUUGCAUGGUGGGGCUGGCGGCUAGAUGGCGUCGUGUUCCGGGACUUGCUCUCCUCGCUCUGUCUGUGUGAGACCUCAUCUCUUCCCCGCUCCCAGCCUGCUGCAGCACAUUUCCAAGGGGUCCCAGCAGGAUGAAGCCGUUUAAAUAUAACCACCCUCAAGGAUUCUUCAGCCACCGUUGACGUCGCGCUCAGCCUGUUUCCCCACAGACCCUAAGUGCUGCGCCUCUGCUUCCGGCUGGGGCGCACACGUGGCUCUUGAUAGUCUCCCAGGACAGGUUUUCUAUUUCUAGCCUAUUAAAAUGUCACCUGACCAA